GUGAACGCGCAACGUAAUAAGAUAAUCCAAACAAACAUGGCAGCCUGUGCCCUACGACGAGGGCUGCUAUCUACAUUUAGCAAACUCAAUAAACAACACACUAGUCGAGUAUUAUGCGUUGACUUCAACAGUAAAAGCGACUUGCAGAGGCCUAGGUUAUUGUGCUCAACAUGCAACGUAUUCGACAUACAGCAAAAACGGUUUAUGUCAUCACGGCCCGAGGGGAAGGUGCUGGAGACGGUAGGAGUAUUUGAAGCGCCAAAGCAACACGGAAAAUAUGAAACUGGACAGUUGUUCCUGCACAGUGUGUUUGGCUACAGGGGCAUAGUGCUCUUUCCCUGGCAUGCCCGCCUGUAUGAUCGAGAUGUAUCACCACAAGCAGCUGAAAGUAAGCCUGAAACUCCUGGAGCACAUGGGUCUAAAGAAGUGAAAGGGAAAACACACACAUACUACCAAGUUUUGAUAGACACUAGAGACUGUCCUCACAUAUCUCAAAGAUCACAGACUGAGGCAGUUACAUUUCUUGCCAAUCACGAUGAUAGCAGAGCCCUUUAUGCUAUUCCAGGUCUGGAUUAUGUUAGUCAUGAAGAUAUUCUCCCUUACAACUCAACCGAUCAAAUUCCCAUUCAGCAUGAACUAUUUGAGCGAUUCCUCAUGUUCAACGCCGGCAAAGUGCCCCCCUUUAUUCCCAGAGACACGUUGCGGGCGUGGCAGGAGAAGAACCACCCCUGGCUGGAGCUGUCUGACGUGCACCGGGAGACCACGGAGAACAUCCGUGUCACAGUCAUCCCUUUCUACAUGGGCAUGAGGGAAGCACAGACAUCUCAUGUUUACUGGUGGCGUUACUGCAUCCGGCUGGAGAACAUGGGCAGUGAGGUGGUGCAGCUACGAGAGCGCCACUGGAGGAUUUUCAGCCUAUCGGGCACGCUGGAGACCGUCAGAGGGAGAGGGGUCGUAGGGAGGGAGCCUGUGUUAUCCAAAGAGCAGCCAGCCUUUCAGUACAGCAGUCAUGUCUCUCUCCAGGCCCCCAGUGGACAUAUGUGGGGCUCCUACCGGCUUGAGAGGCCCAAUGGCACCUUCUUCGAUGUGCGCAUCCCGCCCUUCUCGCUCGAAAGCAAGAAAGACGAUACUCCCAACGGCUUCCUGCCUGGGCCCUUCACCUCACUGGCCUAAGGGCCAACCAGAGCUGCCCUGUGCAACCCCCAACCCCACCCCCAACAUGCACCUCCACCCUAGACCCCAAAUUACACUUUUAUUCACCAGAUACAACCCCACCCCCAACAUGCACCUCCACCCUAGACCCCAAAUUACACUUUUAUUCACCAGAUACAACCCCACCCCCAACAUGCACCUCCACCCUAGACCCCAAAUUACACUUUUAUUCACCAGAUACAACCCCACCCCCAACAUGCACCUCCACCCUAGACCCCAAAUUACACUUUUAUUCACCAGAUACAACCCCACCCCAACAUGCACCUCCACCCUAGACCCCAAAUUACACUUUUAUUCACCAGAUACAACCCCACCCCCAACAUGCACCUCCACCUACUCUCACUCUUCCCUAAAUCCUGAUCUCUUCUUUUCAUCCCCUUUUAUCAUAUCUGUUUUUAAAAACAAUCAGACCUAUUGAGUGUCCCAAUGUUUUUAAGCUAUAUUCUGAGCCAUAAAGAUGCAGGUAGUUGGAGACAGGCAAGGUACAAUUUUAAGAUGCACUUAGGAAGUCAUGUUUAAGACACACGAGAGGAAAGCUAUUUAAGAAAUAAAUCAAUUGUUACUUGACUAUCUAUGCACACAGUAUUGUUUGUUAAUAUUAGGCAGGUAAUAAUAUGCAACAUCAUAAUAACUUAUUUAUUUUGGAGAAACAGCACUUAUGUUGCAGUUAUAACAAUCUGUAAUUAUUGUAAUGGAUGUUGGACCUUUCUUUCAUCUGGAGUGGCAGGUUGAAGUAAACAUUGCCUGACCUAACUGCGUGUGCAGUUAUGAUGUCUUUAGUCAUGUAGUGACCUCAUAAAAUGUCUGUACGCAUUGCAAAUGGCAAUAGAGGAAAUUAUGGUCAGUCUAAGGAUUGUAGGCAGGACGUAGUUGCUCCUUUUUUUUGCAAUUCUCCCUUCACCUUCUCUGUUUUAGGGUGCGUUCGUAAAUUGUCACUCCGAGCGCUCCAAGCACACUUAACUAUUUGUAAAUUCGGAUUUAUCGUGUGUUUAUUUAGAGCGUCACUCUCCGAGCGCUCAGAGCAUGUCAGAUUGAAUUUACGAACGCACCCUUAAUCUCAUCACCUACCCAGUGACUAGGUCUUUUAACAGUUUCUCUGAUGAAGCUUCAUCUUAUCUAAAUGAGAUUAUGUCAACACUAACCCAAAUAAUAGUAAUCAAACAUCUGGAUUGUGAUGUCCUUUACCUUUCACCACAUAUUAAGCCACAGAACAUGGCCACAGAAUAUCUGCAGAUAUUUAUAAGUGAAUGUGAGGGAAUUUGUGUUGUAUGUAUGUUCGAUUCUACUGUGAAGUGGAUGUGUGAAAGACAAAGCACCUCCAGGAAGAGACUACUGUGUAAUCUGAUGGACAUUGCAUUGGAGAAGUGCUGUCAGGAAGCCUUUUUUUUUUUUUUUUAAAUAAGCACAGAUGAAGAUGUGCAAAUAUCGUGCCAUUGUUGGACCCUUAUGCAUUUUUUUCAAUGCAGGUUUAUAAUAUCAUGUUUGAUUACAUUUCCACCUCUAAAAACCCUUAACCCCGAGGUUGGGAAGUGUUGCCACAUAGAAGCUGCUACACAAAUUACUCAGAUGAUAAUUUUCAUGAACACACAAUCUACCCUAUCUAGCCGUUUCAACUUUUUUUUUUUUUUUUUUGGCUUGAAAGAUUUACCGAUGGUGCUCACCUGUACUGUUUUCUCUCAGUGGAAUCACAUAAUGAUAGUAGUUGUUUUAACACCUCCGACUGUCAUGUACGGCCCUGUCAUCUUUGCUUUCUGUAGCACUUUGUCAGCCUAUUGAGGAAAUAUGCCACCAAAUGAUGUCUCCUUGAGAUCCUCAGUGUACAUUUUGUAAUUUAUACCUGUUGUGAUAUUAAUGUUAAAAUAUACAUGAUAUGAUUGAUGUAGGAAGUGUUAUAACCCCAAGCUGUUUGUAGUCUUGAUCUGCUGCUGUGGAUGGGAGCUGAUUCCUGUCCUUGACUUGGAUUGUUUUUUUUUUUCAUCUUUUUCUUUUUUCUUUUUGUUUGUUUUAUUGCUUUAUUUGAUAGGGAAAUUCAACUGAUACUGAAUGUGUCUGAAAGAGAUCUGUGUAAGGCUCUUAAACGUUGAGUAUAAUAAAAUAAAUCAAAUAGAA